AGUCAAACAUUUCAUAAAAUGUUGAUUCGUCAGGGACACAAAGAGUUUGGUAAUCUGAUCUCGCUUUCGUGUCAGAGGCUGAAUAAUCUGACCCAAAAUGAAGCUUUUUGUUGUGCUCCUCUUCAGCUCCCAGCUGUUACACAGCAAUGCUCGUUCCGUUUCUGACAUUGACAGUGUGGAUCCAAUCCCUAUUGAUUGUGAUGAUCCUGAGCUUCUAAAAGCUGUAGAUUUCACAUUACGUAAAUUUAAUGGUGAACGUAGAACAACUCAUCAAUAUGCUCUCGAUAGAGUUUCUUUUGGUACAGUGCAGAGAAAACGUGGGAGUCGAUAUUUCAUCAAAUUUGAUAUUCAGGAAUCUAACUGCCUUGUGGAAAGUGAGAAAACCUGGACAGAAUGCGACCACAGACCUCCUACAGUGGCUAAUAUUGGUCAUUGUGAAUCCAGUGUGUACAUUCACAGAGCAGGAAGAAUUUUAGAAGUGACUAUGUACAACUGCACCAUCAUUCCAGUUAACGAUCCGUGGAUUGUUCCCAAAAUUGCACCUUGUCUUGGGUGUGCAAUUUCUUUACCACACAACAGCUCCAGAGCUAAGGAAACCCUUGAUUAUUCUAUUAAAAAGUUCAACAGUGACAGCAACUAUCCUAAUAUCUUUGGGUCUGAGGUGAUCUUCAAAGUGACUUCGCAGGUGGUGGCUGGAUAUUUAUAUACACUGAAGUUUUCUCUGCGGGAAACAGAAUGCACCAAAAGUUCCAAUGAUGUGUGGCAAGAUUGCAUAUUAAAGCCUGAUAAUGCAACAACGCUUUACUGCAACUCAACUGUACUUUUCAGUAUUCGAGCAAAUGAAAUAGAUACCUUUGUAUCCUGCAGCACCGAUCCGAUUGGAUUUCAAAUGGAAGGAUUCAGAAGCCAACCGACUGAGACCAUUGGGAUUUUGGCUCAGCAACGACAAAGACAUAGGCAGCAUCACUUUUACCAACAGCAGGAUUCCCAUGAACAGCAUCUGAUAAACAAAUCUGAGCAAUCAAAUCCAGCAGUCAUUACAACUUCCGCUCCUCUGGAAUUACCCCUUUCUGCAAUAGAUCAGCUUGCAGACCUUCUAGGACCAGAACCUCCUGUCAACUGCCCAGGAAAACCAUGGAAGCCUUUGAGGCACAUAACACCAACCGACCCUGUAAGUGAAACUGUUCCUCCUCCACUAAACACAGCUGAAGAGGGGGAACAACCCAAAUCAGAUGGCUUUUUCUUUGAUUUUGACUUACUGGCUGGUUUGUAAAAAAAACUUCAUUAUUGUUACCAAAGAGAGUAAUGAACUAAAUAAAUAAUUAUAAUUGUAUUAUAAAGCCUUCAUUUCCAUCAUGUCAGUAUGUUUAACUGUUCCCUGUAUAUUACUGAAACCUAUUUGAUGAAAAUAAGGGAUGAGUGCAAAAGAAGUGGAACAAUGAAAAACCAUAUCAUCACACGGGCCAAUGCACUACUUUACUUAUUACCCUUUCAUGAAUGCAAACCCGACUCUUUAAAAUAAACAGAAUUAUGGUCAAUAA